AUGUCACGAACAGCUUCGGCCUCGACGGGCAAGAACAGACCCUCCCCUCUAUCUUCAAAGUCCUUCGCUCGCUACGAACCUUCCACCACGUCGAGUAGGGAUCGAGCCAGCACCAUCGCAUCGCCGGUGUCAGUCAAGUCCCCUUUACACAAUGGGCCGAGCAAAGAAGAUGUCUUUGAGAAGCCUGAGGAGGAUGAGGAUGAGCCUAUCAGUCCAAGCAUCACCAAGAGCACCAGUCUGCCCGAUAAGUUCGAUGAAUUACCCAUUGAGCUGGCAAGCUUGACGGAUCGCUUCAUAGACUCCUUGAGUGCCAAGGUCUUCACCGAGCCACCAACGAUAGAUCAAUUAGCAGACAUAUUCCAGGAGUUCUACAUCAAAGCGUCUGGCAGUAUAUCUACACACAUCUCUGCUCUCAUGCUGCGGAUGAACAGAGAUGCAUCGCCCUCGUCAAAAUCGAAAGUUACAGCAGCGAAAAAGGGUGCAGACUCACUGGCGCCGCCAGAACGAGCGUCAGGGUCUCAGCAGAUGCUAACAGCCAAUGAGGUCACCGAGAAGCGGAAAGCGAGACGCAUGCUCGAGUACAAAAGGUUGCUUCUGGAAGAAGCUGUGGAGCGGCGGGCAUGUGAGAAGAUAUACAAGAAGAUUUGGAGGCAUAAGAGCACUCUUGACGAGGUGCGAGAUGAGAAGUUGCGAUCCAAGACGGCGGCACUGGCGUUGGUUGGCAUUGGACUUAGAGAUCUGGGUAUCGAGAUGAACGAAAAGUCGGAAACAACUGCUGAAGAUCUGCAAGAGUCCCUCGUACCUGCCAGGGAAGGCCUUGCGAAAAUGAACGACGAGCACUACCCACUUGGAAAAUUGCAGCACCUCACAACAGCGCACAAGGCAAUAGUGGACACACUAUCCGCCAUCAAACCAUCUUCCUCGUCUGCCGACGAGAUCUUACCCACACUCAUAUACACUCUCAUCACCUCACCAGUCGAAGGCAUCAACAUCAUCAGCAACCUGAAUUUCAUUCAACGAUUCCGCACUGCCAGCAAGAUAGACGGCGAAGCAGCUUACUGCCUGACAAAUCUGGAAGCUGCCAUCAGCUUUCUCGAAAACGUCGAAUUAGCGAGCCUGAGAGCGGAUGAGAGACCAGAAGGGCCCGAUAAGCCACCAAGCAUGGAGACGCCUUCAGACGAUCGGCCAGAGCCCUUUCCAAGGUUUCCUUCAGACGGGCCAUCAAUCUCGACUUCGGAGCCGCUUACAUCUACGACUACAUCAUCCGCCUCUGGCACGCCAGCCGAGCCAUCAAGGAAACCUUCGUUAGCGAUCCAGAAGCCACCAGCUCCGCGACAUCAGCGCACACUCUCCGACCUACUCCAGCCCAUCUCGAACGCGCCCGGUGCUGUGCGAACGAGCGCUGAAGAGUCUCUCAAGAAUAUAAGCACAACGCUCGACAACAGCUUCAAGGUCUUAUUCGGCAAGCUGCGCGAACGUGGGAACGAGAACUCGAGUGCGGAAGUGGUCGUGCCUAAGACGCUUGACGAAGCGCGGCAGUUGGUGUCUCGGCCAUUGACACCCCCGGAUGCAGACGACACAGCAAUCAGCGAGACGAGCUCAAUAGCGGGUGAUAGCUCUCACACGCCACCAAAUAGGCUCUCUGCAACAGAGGAGAAAGUAUUGGGCCUGUUUGGCGGACGGCGGCGAACGGCCUCGCUCAUUAGAGAUCGGAGUGCCGAUUCGCAGCGCAGCACCACAAGCAGUACAACCAAAGAUGCUGCUGCCGGCUCCAGAAAGGUGGCAUUUGCAGCAACUGGCUCUGCUACGGAUUUGAGCAAGGCGGCUGCCCCAACGAACGCUCCACUGAUGAAUCCGCUCGAUUCAGUCAAAACCUUUGGUCAAUCAAUCAACAUAAAUCCACUCAACAACAUCUCAUCUGCGUUCGGCGGCGCCUUUCGAUCUUUUGGUCGACAGCCGAGCUCGAAUGCCAACCCCAGCUCGCCACGAACGGAGAAAAGCAAUCCCUUCGCGAUAAGAUCAGCUUCUGCCACUACUGCGCCCGCCUCGCCAGGGAUCCCCAUGCCAGAGCCGACGGCAGAACAGAUCUCGUUACGCGCACCGUCCAGGGGAGAGACGGCACAUAUCCGUGCUGAGCCACCCAAGGCACGAUUCGUCAACGCGGCUGAUGCCGACGAGCUCAAAAUCAGCGAGGUUGACGAAUUGCUGAAGGAUUAUCAGAGACUGGCGAAGAUCCUUGACGGACUGAGGAUCGUAGGCGAGGAAGAGGCGGAGGCUGAAGCAGAGCCGACAGCGUCGUAG